AUGAUACAACCUUUUCUCGAGGAAGGAGCCUGGUGUUACUGGGUUGUCUCUAUCGGAGCAUUAUUAUGCUUCCUUGGUCUCAUUGUUGCUUGUAUUUGCAGCUGUCGUCGUAACGAAAACAAGAUACAUUCAGUUGCAAUCCGUUUAAAUAGGAAUGAAUUUCUUGGCCUUGCCGGAAUGGUAACUUUAAAUGAUUCUGACAACGAUGGCUUUAAUGGAAUUCCAGUGUCGGAUACUCUUCGUGUAACGACGCAAGAUAUUAUCGACAACGGAAAAAGGUCGACUAGUGCCAAUAGAAGUCUUCCAGAUAUUCCAAAAGAUAAAGAAAAAAGACAUGAACAUACAAGUACAUCUGUAUCUCAAGAUAUCUAUGAAAUCACUGAGACGAUCGGUGAUCAAUCGGAAUUGUACGCAACAGUACGGGACACAGGGAAAGAACAGAUAUCUGAAUUGGAUGUGCCAGAAGUUUUACAUCAGAAUCCAUCGACUCAAGAAACUUCGGAUGUACAAUAUUUAAGAUUUGCAUCAUCUCCUAAUUCAGACAAUGAAAUAAUAUCAAACAAACCAUUGAUGUCGAUAAACCAUCGACGUCUACAUGUCAAAGCAAUGGGAACCCAGUUGCGCCACCAAGGACCCGUCGAUCCUCGUCACAUAAUUCACUUUUGUCUGCCGAAAGUGGCCCGUGUGACAUUCAAGCAGCCAAUGCCAUAUCUGGUGGAGUGCAAGCUAAUCAAGAUUUGCCUUACAUGACACCACCAUUGUUAAUGUUACUGCCUCAACCACCACAACAACCACAGUCAAAUAGUCCACAACAACAUUUUAGCGGAGAUUCUCAAGAUUCUAAAGGAUAUACAAGCAUCAGCGUAAGAGAGCCCUUGGCUAACAUAAUUGCACAAACAAAGACAAUUGGUCGACAGACCCAAUCCAUUCGGCCUCUCACGGAUCCUCAUUACGCGACAGUAUCGGAUGACUCUGAUGAAAUGUAUGCUGCAAUCGAUGAACAAGAUAAGGUAUAUACUAGCGGUAGUGAAACAUACGCACAAAUACAACCGACAGUGACAGAAGUUCAGGGAGUACAAAACGAGCAAAUAUUCUCCCGCGUUCCCUCUCGUUCCGAUGAAACUUAUCCCGCUCCGCAACCACCAAGCGUUGAUAGCUUACGGCACGUUGCACAUGCCCAUUCAAGACAAGCUAAUUCACCGUUACCGCCUCCGCCUGAAGGGACGUCAGAAGUAUACGCGUCAAUUGAAAAGAAGCCGAAGAACGACGACCGGCUGAAACCGGCUUUAUCCAGUGGAAAAUCUUUGGAGGAUAUGUACGCAAAAGUAAUGAAGAAGAAGAAAGACGUGGAGGAGCAGCAAAACGAUGUGCAUUUAAAUUCUCAAGGAAGCCUGCACUCCGAUGCAUUUGUCAUUGGUGCUGUUCGCAAGUCAAGUCUUAUUGAAAAUAAAAUUGCAUCAUCUAGUCAUGACUCUAUGGAAAUUCAGAGAAAAGAGCCCGAUUCUGAUGUGAAUAAUUUUCACUUAGAAGCCGACGUUCUGAUGAAAUCAUCUUCUCUUACAUCGUCUAGAACUGGCGACGGUCUUGACUCGUCGAGCUUCGCGCUCGGUCAUGGAUAUGAAGGUAUAAAUAAUGAUAUACCUAAAAAACAUUCAACGACUUGCGAUUCGAACUACGAAGUGUUAUGCCCGCAACAACGUCUCACUAUGGAUACUGCAGGGGAUCAUCAGCAAACUAGCAGUUCCAUAUCAAUUUCUCUACGGAAUAACGUCAAUUUACUGAUCACUUCUUCUUCUUCUGUUUCUACCUCUUCUCCAUCAACAUUUUCGUCAACAACUUCGUCAUCUGCUUCCUCUUCUUAUUCCGUACCAUUUAAACAUCGACAAAUUAGCAACGCCAGCAGCGAAGAUCCAGGCUACGAGAAAGUGAGAUUAAGAAACAGAUCUGAGAUAGACCCAGACACAGACUCAGAACCAAAUUAUGAAAGUAUGCCGCAUGACGCGGGAGAACCGAAUUACGCGUCAGUUUGCAGACCUGGUGAUAGCGAUACGGAUCCCAAUUACGAGUCUGUUAAUCACGGAGAUCCGAACUACGAGAGUGUGAAAUAUAUGAGUGUUACGCGUGCCGAAGAACCGCCGUACGAACAAGUGAACACAUAUAAACCGGAACAAGAUCCAAACGGAUAUGAGAAAGUGAAAAAACAUAUAUUGUUCAAUGCUGAUUACGAACAGAUACAUCAAAAUCAUUCUGCUAGGCCGAUUAAUGGAGAUACUGACGACGAACAGUAUGUGCAAGUUUAG